UCACUCACCAUACUCCUUUGGAUCCUUUGGAGAGAAAAAGAGAUCGAAGAGACCGAGUGAAAAAACCAAGCUCGAAGGCUGAAAUAAAAGUGAAAAGGGCGACGGCAAUAGAUAUCGUCCCCACCCGCAUCUUUCUCUCUGACUACCAAUCCACAUUGCUUCGUCCGGGUGGCUUCUGUCUUCCUCCACACCCACUUCUCCUCCUUUGAAAGCCCCACACCACCAUUAGCCUCUUUUCCUCCGUCUUUACAGGCCUUCGUCUCGGGCGCUGUCGCCGCUUCCGUUUCUUAUUCUGCAGCGGAGUUGAUGCACACGACGUUUUUGUAGAUUUUCGCCGGAGUGUUCCAAGCAGAGUGAAUUGCACAUUAGGAGAAUGGGUUCUGGAGAUUGGUUUAAAACAAUUAUUUGCCGGAAGAAAACGAAGCAAGAUCAGUCAAAGCAAGUGAAGGGCACUUCUUGUCAACAAUCAAAUGGGUUCAAGUGGAGAAAUCAAUCUCACAGAAAGUCUAAAAAAUUAUAUAAUGGUUGUGGUAGCAUGAGUAUUGAGGACUUAGCAGCCAUUCAGAUUCAAACUGCAUUUCGAGGCUUCAGGAUUGAUAGAAUAGUAUGUAUGCAGGCUAGGAAAAACCUUUGUUCUUUGAAAGGGACAGAAAGACUACAAGUCCUUGCCCAAGGCCAUUCUGUUAAGAAGCAGACAUCGAGCACUUUGAGUUAUAUCCAAUCUUGGAGCAAAAUACAAGCACAAAUUGGAGCUCGCCGUAUUUGUAUGGUAACUGAAGGCCACAUUAGGCAGAAGAAACAAGACAAUCAAUUGAAGCUUGAGGCUAAGAUUCAUGACUUAGAGGUGGAAUGGUGUGGAGGCUCUGAAACGAUGGAGGAAAUACUUGCCAGGAUACAACAAAGAGAAGAAGCAGCAAUCAAGCGUGAACGAGCCAUGGCAUACGCAUUUUCACAUCAGUGGAGGGCCAACCCUGGCUUGAACCAGGGGCCUUUUGUUUAUGAAUGUGGGAAGGGUAAUUGGAGGUGGAGUUGGAUGGAUCGGUGGAUUGCAGGUCGUCCAUGGGAAACCAGGCUGCCCACUGUGAUCCCCAAGCAAGCCCAGACCAAGGCAACAAGCAAAGUUGGCAAGAAUACAAAUCCGUCAGCCGAGACAGCAUCAGAUUCAGUUAAACCUGCAGCGACUGAUGGGAAAGGCUCUACAAAGAGAUCAUCUCAGUCAAAUGAUGGGAAAAUGGUUAGCCGAGAGCAAAUUGCCAAGGCUGCAACUUCUCAUCAAAAAACCAAGAAUCCAAAGAUGAAGGAGGAGCAGCAGCUUCCUACACAGACAAGUGACAUUACUGCCUGAGUCUAGCUUGAGAUUAUGUGCCGGAUGAAACCAAUUCAUUGUUUGCAGAAGUGAGAACAUUCAGACAUAUAUCUAUAUAAAAGUGAUGGUGUGAGUGAUAAUUUUCUGUUGUUUUUUUCUUUUUUAAAUCAUUGAUUAUGCAGAAUAAAAGAGGCCACUUGCCAUUGAUGCUGUAAAAAUUAUUGAGUAUAUAAAUGCAUGUGCUUUCAUGUGAA